AUGGCUACACUUAUCGUUGCUCCUUGUCCCAAAAAGCCUUCCGCUCUCCGGACCUAUACAAACUAUUAUGAUCAGGCUUUUGAUUUCACUAGCGAUGAUGUUCAGGACGCUUGUCAGGAACUCAGACAAAUUCUGGCCCAUUCUCGACCUCAACAACCAACCACACCAACCGUAGUAGCAGCACCAACCCCAUUAACCGCAACACCACUACCAGCACAACCACACUAUUACUAUUCAAAUACCAUGUCUGCACCUCGCUCGUUUAUUAGACCUCUGGAGCACCCUAUUGUUCGCACCGGAAACCCACUUCCUCAAGAUUCUAGUUUUAUUCCUCUUCACCAGGCCGUCUCUCAUCUCCAAGUGUCCGAUUGUCCGCCUGGAGUCAAACACCGCCCUAGAUCAUACAGUGUCGGUGAUCACCGCAACCAGCAGUUUCUUCAAACUCCCAUUAACCUUGUCCAUUAA